CCAUCAAUUGAUAAGAGUAACACAGGGACUUCCUUUCCUCCAUGUCUUACUCUCUUCUCUCUCACCAUUUAAACCCUACCAUCAUUUUCUGAAGGGACUUUUGGCUCACUGGUGUGAAAAAAGGAAGAAGAUAAAGUGCAGAGGACAUAUGCCUUAGUGGAUGUUGAAGUUCUUGAGUGAGAUUGUUUCGUAUUAGUUCUAAAGUUGUGAUCUUUUCUGAUUAUGGUACCUAAUUUGUAUGCCUAUGAAAUUUGAUUUUUGGUGUCGGUGGAGUUGACCAUACUGGAAAAAAUCGUUAGCAAGAACAAGAACAAGAACAGAACCCUCAAGAACAAACCUCUCACUUUCUCUUUCGAAGAAAAAAGUUGUUGAUCGACCUUUCAGAAGAAUCAGUAGAUGAUUACUUUCUAGUUCAGUUCCCUGUGCAGUAGAAUUUCGGAGAUGAGUUUGAUAUCACGACUGAGGCAUCAUUUGCCCGGUGUACUCUUGAGACAAUCUGUUCCAUCCAAUGUGUCCGACUCCUGUUUCGUUACCUCAUCUGUGUUUACUCGACACUUCGCUCAGCCUGCUAGGAAAGAGGAAGAGGAGGAGGAGGAAGUAGUCGAGAUUGACCAGAGAAAGCUUCCAGCUGAUUACGAUCCUGCAAAUUUUGAUCCUACCGAGCAUCGUAGUCCUCCAUCAGAUAGGGUAUGGAAGCUCGUGGACGAAGUUUCAGGACUUACAUUGGUUGAAGUUGCAGAACUGUCUUCGAUUAUCAUGAAGAAGUUGGGUAUGACCGAGCAACCAAUGGUCGGUGUUAUGAAAGCCGGGGCUGCUGGAUUGGCGGCAGCAGCUAUGAAGGGACCAGAAGCAGCUAAGGAGGAAAAGAAACCGGAGAAAACUGUUUUUGAACUUAAACUGGAGUCCUACGAGUCUGCUCAAAAGAUAAAGAUAAUCAAAGAGGUUCGUAGUUUUACUGAUUUGGGACUCAAGGAAGCGAAGGACUUAGUCGAGAAAACUCCUGCCGUUUUCAAGAAGGGAGUAUCAAAGGAAGAAGGCGAACAAAUAAUUGAAAAAAUGAAAGCCGUUGGAGCAAAAGUUGUCAUGGAAUGACGAUGAACCAAACAUCUCGUCUCAUAUCAGGUUCAUCCUAAAGCAUUUUGCAACUCGAUUAUAUUUCGUUCAGCUUUAUGCAGUUUUUGUAGUCGGCUUUUCAUUCCUUCUCCAAAACUACUCGGUGUGGCUCACGAAUAAUCUUGUCCAUCGUGUUUGAUUACAUGCUUAGCUGAAGAUGAACGCGAUUUAGUUGAAGUCUAUUGUUCUUUGAUUCUACUGUGCUGUUUACGAUUCUUUUCUUAUCGAUAGUUGAUUUGGAAGGAACUGUGUUCUUACUGUGCUCGUUGCAUCUAAUAUACGCGAGGGACAUGGACUUCCCUCUCUUGCUUCAA